CGAAGCGUAUGAGGAACUAGUCAAGGGCAAAUACCUUUACAUCAGCAGAUAAUAGCAAGCAAAAUGACCAGCUGGUGAUUCAAGUACUUGAAGCCAUGGAUGACAUUGACAAUGAUGCAUUUUAGAAGAAUAUUAUACAUUUAAGAUUUACCGAGUGAUAUUUAUGUUAUAACUGAGAAUCUCUAUUGAACAUUGUUAUCAUGAUGGAUGGAAAUAAACAGCAUGAAAAUAUUCAUGAAGGGAACAGUUACCAAAAUGAGAAUAUAUAUGAUGUUGAUGACAUGUCUUACACAUAUAGUGAUGAUAGUGAAGGAACCAAUCAAGAUGUAGAUGAUGCUGUUCUUAUUGAGAAUUCAGAACAUGAUCAAGAUGUCUGUGCAUCUAACAGUAUUGAAAUGGAAGGAAAUAACCAUAAUGUUGGUAUUGAUAACCACGAAGAGAGUGAUGACCUAACUGUGUAUGAUGAUGACUUUAACACUUAUAUUGAAACAGAAGGAACAUAUCAAGCUGCACAUCAUGAGGAAUAUGUAGGAAAUGAUAACAUUAUUGUAUCUAAUCAUGGUGAUGAUGCCUCUGGUGGUGGUAUUAAUGAAGAAGAGAAUGCAUAUAUUGUAAAUGAUGAUGUUAAUCCUGCAAUUACUGAUGGAUUAUACUCUACUGAUAUUACAUCUGAUGUGAAACAUGAACUUGUGGAUGAAAACAUAGAUGAUGAACAUGUUGGCACUACUGAUGCUUCUGAAGAACCCAUGACAUAUGCAAAUGAUAUGGAUUAUGGCCCAGCUAUUGAUGUAAAACAAGAAAUUGAUAAUGAUCAUGACUCCUACAAUGAUGAAAGUGACAUAGACAAUGUGGAUGACACCAUACACAAUAAUAAUCAAAAUACCUCAAACAAUAAUGCUUUAAUGCAAGAAGUAGAUCUCAUUAAAUUAGAUAUCAUGUGUUCUAAAUAUUCAAAACCUGAUGAGGCUGAUAUCAGUGUUAGCAUGGGAGAUAGGUCUAUGCCUGAGCAUCUUAAAGAUGAAUCUGUGCCUGAGACACCUUUUACGUGCGUUAAUUGUUGUGAAUGCUUUGCCACCAAGUCUCAGUUAAAACAGCAUGAAUUAAAGCAUGAAGAUAAGCAAAAAGAAAAAAAACCUUUUAAAUGUUCAUUUUGUGAAAAAUGCUUUAUUAAUAUUUAUAAAGUUAAACAACAUGAAAUGAUUCAUACUGGCGAAAGACCCUAUAAAUGCAAACAUUGCAAUAAAUGCUUCAACAAAACUUCCAUCUUAAAGAAACAUCAAGAAGUCCACACUGAUCGAGAAAAAUCAUUUAAGUGUUCGUAUUGUAAGAAAGUUUUCAAGAAAAUUGCCCUGCUGAAUGAACAUGAAUUAAUUCAUACUAAAGCGCGUCCCCAUAGAUGUCAAUACUGUGGCAAAUGUUUUAUUACCAGUGAUAAACUUAAGGACCAUGAAAUUAUUCACACUGGUGAAAAACCACAUACAUGUGAGUACUGUGAGAGAUGUUUCGCUACUAAUUCUCAACUCAAGGAUCAUGAAAAGGCACACACUCGUGAAAAGUUACCAUUUAUUUGUUCAUAUUGUGAGCAAAAAUUUGCAUCUGUAUCUGUCUUUAACCUUCAUGUCAGAAGUCAUUCUAGUGAAAAACCAUUCAAAUGUACAAUUUGUGAUAAAUCUUUUGUAAGACAAUAUGCAUUAAGGGAACAUGAAAAAUCACAUUCUGGUAAAAAAACAUAUACAUGUAAAUCAUGUGAGAAAUCAUUUGCUACUAAGUAUUCAUUAACAGAGCACCUUAGGAUACAUACUGGAGAGAGACCCUAUAAAUGUACAGAAUGUGAGGAAUCCUUCAGGACUAUGAAUAUAUUGCGCCAACAUAAGCGAACCCAUACUGGCGAGAAACCUUUCACAUGUAGCUAUUGUGACAAGUCAUAUGUUAGUAAAUUUGCAUUAAACCAGCAUGAAAAAACACACACUGGAGAAAAGUCAUAUAAAUGUGAAUAUUGUGAAGAAUCAUUCUCCAUGGCAUCACAGCUUAAACAACAUGUGGUUAUACACUCUGGUGAAACAUCAUAUAAGUGUAAAGUUUGUGAUAAAAUUUUCAGUCAAAGAAACGCAUGUCGGCUACAUGAGAGGAUUCAUACUGGUGAAAAGCCAUUCAAUUGUUUCCAAUGUGAAAAAUGUUUCAUAAGCAAAACUGAAUUAAAGUAUCACAUCAUGACACAUACUGGUGAGAAGCCAUAUAAGUGUACACUUUGCGAUAAAAGCUUUAUAAAGAAAUAUGUUCUUAAGCAGCAUCAUAUGGUUCACACUGGCGAGAUUUCUCACAUAUGUUCUUAUUGUAAUAAAGGUUUCACAAAUCGCAAUAGAUUAAACCAGCAUAUAACAAUCCAUACUGGGGAAAAGCCAUACACCUGUAAAGUGUGUGAUAAGAAAUUCCGCAGAAGGAAUGGGUUGACUAUUCAUCUCAGUACACAUAAUGAGAAGACUCUACAAUGUACUCGAUGUGAUAAAUGUUUUAAUGCACCCCGUAAAUUGAGAGAACAUGAAAAAACUCAUAGUGAAGAAAAACCACAUGUGUGUAAGGUGUGUCAGAAAUGUUUCAAAACUGCUCGCUCCCUGAGACAUCAUGGCUUAAAACAUACAGAUUCUGAAAAACUUGCAAAUUCAGUUAUCAAGAUAGACCUGCCUACAAACUCAGAAAUUAAGACACUCGCACACCCAGACAUUAAGACACUACCCUUAAAUCCAGAUAUGAAGACGCUUGAAAAUUAAGAUAUUAGUAUGAAGACAGAAAGUCAGUGGCAAAUCCAGAUUCAAAAUAAAGUAACUUUUGAAAAAUAAAACACAUUGUUGUUGACUCGUUGAUAGAAAGCAGAAGUAAAUUUAAGUGCAAUAUUUCCAGUGUAUGAUAUACUUAAUGUAAAUGUACUUACAUUUAUUCUUUUUUUAGUAAUGAUCAUUAUCACAUUUAAAAAGUGUCAUGUUGUCAUUGCCUUGUUCUCAUGGUCAGAUGCAACUAGUGCAAUACUCCGAUUAGAUUUUGGGCAAUUGCUGAGUAAAUUAUUAGGUAGCCAUGCUGCUUUUGAAUUGUGAUCAGUUAUAUACAUAUAUAACUCUGUGUCUUAGGUUAA